CGGGCGGCGCGGGGGCGCCUGCCGGUGCCGGUGCAUCACGCGUGGGGCAACCACGAGUUUUAUAACUUCAGCCGAGCCCGCCUGGCGCGCACCGGCCUCAACAGCCGUCCCGCUGGGGCCAUGGCCGGCCUGCCCGCCGGCGACUGCCAGGCCUAUCACUUCAGCCCGGCCGCGCGGUUCCGUGUCGUCGUGCUCGAUGCCUACGACCUGAGCAUCCUGGGCAGGGAGCCAGACAGCCCCCGCUACCGGGAGUCCCUGCGGCUGCUGCGGGAGAAGAACCCCAAUGACAACCUCAACAGCCCCGCAGGACUCGAAGAACCUCGGUUUGUAGAGUUUAACGGAGGAUUUAGCCAAGCCCAGCUGGACUGGUUCGAUGAAGUCCUCAAGUUCUCUGACGAAAACCAAGAAAAAGUUAUAGUUAUGGGUCAUCUGCCCAUUCAUCCAGAUGCUUCAGACAGAGUUUGCCUAGCCUGGAAUUACGAAGAUGCCCUUUCGGUCAUACACUCCCAUCAGUGCGUGGUCUGCUUUCUUGCAGGGCACCUGCACGACGGUGGCUAUUGUUUAGACUCUCAUGGAGUUCAUCAUCUGACUUUGGAGGGGGUUAUUGAAACUCCACCAGAAAGCAAUGCCUUUGGAACUAUUUAUGUCUAUGAAGAUAAAAUGAUACUAAAGGGAAGGGGCAGAAUUUCAGACAGAGUUAUGCAUUUCUGAAAAUGGUAAGCACAUACAAAUUGCUCUUCUUCAGUAAGUACUCGGACAAAAAAGCAGGGGAU